AUGUUAGGCCAAACGGUAUUAAUAUUAAUCCUAUCUCUAGUGAUGCAUUGUUUCGGUGAGAAUUUCUGUAGAAACGACCUCUGUCAUGGAAGAACCCAUAUUGCGUGUGAAUACCCAAACGGAAGCUUUAAUAGCUCUUGUCCCAAAGAUGCCAGAGUUAUUAAAUUCAAUCAGGAUCUUAAAAAUGUUCUUGUCAAGGCCCACAAUUUGGUAAGACAAAGAUGGGCCAGUGGCAAGGCAAAUGUUUCAAGGAUCGCCUGCAAAAUGGCAACCGUAAAAUGGGAUGAUGACUUGGCAAAGAUGGCAUUACUAAAUGCGAAAACCUGUCUAUUUAAGCAUGAUGCUUGUCGCAAUACCGAAAGGUUUCCGGAUUCGGGUCAGAAUCUUUAUUUGGCAAGAAUUCGGCAAUCUGCAGGGAUGCAAAUAGAUAUACCACCAACUCAACUUAUAGAAAUGGCAGUUAAAAAUUGGGCAGACGAAGAAAAAGACGUAGUGCCCGAUGAUUUAGUUGCUUACAAACGUCAACAAAAGGUGAUUGGACAUUUGACCGUUUUGAUCAACGAGAAGAGUUCCGCUGUGGGAUGUGGCAUUACUACCUUUAAAGAGGGUGCCGUUCGAAAGUACCUAGUGGCCUGUAACUACUCCGUAACAAAUAAUUUGGGUAAAAGUGUAUAUAGCGAAUGUCCCAAAGCAGGCAGUAAGUGUCCCAAGGGCUUGAGCUCACAGUAUCCACCACUAUGUGCUUAA